CCAGGUGUGUUCGUCCGUCGGUGAGCCAAACCAAACAAAAUCCAUCUAGUAAGACGAGCGGGAUUCUCUCGUGACGGGCGGAGCGUUGUUACCUUUUGACAUAUCAUUUGCUCUUCGGCCUGAUUUGUAACCGGAGGUAUCGGCUGGGCUCGUGCGGUGACUGAGCAGCGAGCGUCUUCUGCCAGUUCCUUCCGUCUCUGCGGCUUUCUAGAAGAUGCCGACCUUCGACUCGCCCGAGGACGGCACCACGUCCAAUACACUCGUCUUUUUCGUCAAUGGCAGGAGAAUUACAGAACAAAACGUGGACCCGGAAUGGACUCUCUUGACGUACCUGCGCAAAAACCUUCGACUAACAGGUGCCAAGCUUGGCUGUGGCGAGGGUGGCUGUGGUGCUUGUACCGUCAUGUUGUCGCGGUACGACCAUGAACGUCUCACGACAAGACACUAUUCCGCCAACGCCUGUCUCACUCCCGUCGCAGCGGUUCAUGGUUUAGCCGUGACAACCGUGGAGGGCAUAGGAAGCAUUAAGGACGGCCUCCACGCAGUCCAGGAUCGCCUAGCGAGGGCUCAUGGAUCACAAUGUGGCUUCUGCACGCCCGGGAUUGUCAUGUCCAUGUAUGUUCUCCUUAGGAACAAAAGCCUUCCCUCCAUGGAUGAUAUUAUCGAACAUCUUACAGGAAACCUGUGCCGAUGCACCGGAUACAGAGCCAUUUUGGACGGCUUCAGCAGCUUCACGGGAGAAUUUUCCACCAAAGUCUGCUCUGCCGGAGUGAAAUGCUGUCGAGUAAAGGAAGGAGGCGGAAAGACUGUUCAAAAUGUCAAAGCAGAAGAUGGUCAGAAUGGCCACAGUAGGAAUGGUACCGAGGAGUGUGUCCAGAAUGGUAAGGGAGCAUUUGUUCAAAAUGGAUGUAGCAAAUUCAUGCAAAAUUCCAGUGAGUAUGUAGACAAGAACAUCUACAAGACCAAGGUUUCUAAUAGUAAUGGAGACAUUUGCAUUAAAGGGCAUCGCGAUUAUGAACAAAGUGGCCAUAGUGAUAAAAUGAGGAGUGUCCUGAAUGGAGAUAAAGAUGAAAUUUGUGAUGUUAAUGGAACUGUCUCACAAAAUGGCUAUGAUGACUGUGAUAAAAUGAGGAAUGUCCUGAAUGGAGAUAACGAUAAAAUCUGUGUUCAGCCAGUUACAGGAAUAGCCUCACAAAAUGGCCAUGGUAUUUUUCAGAACGGCCAUGGAUGUGAUGGCCAGAAUGGCUACAAUGCCGACCAAAAUGGCCAAGGAAUGACCCUAAAUGGCCAUGGAGGUAUAGACCAGAAUGGCCACGGAACCUAUGGCCAAAAUGGCUUUGGACACAUAAAACAAAACGGAUACAAGGAUGCUCAAAAUGCCAAGGGAGAUAUACAGAAAACAGCUGUGAAAACGAAUGGAAAUACCAGUACUACUAAUCAGAUUAUUGAAAAUGGGAUAAAAGGUUCUGUAAAAGAAAACGGAACAAUGGAGAGCAAGGGGCUUCAUGCGCCUUCUUGGGCACCAUAUGAUCCUACUCAAGAAAUUAUAUUCCCUCCUGAGCUGAAGGUCAUAAGCAAGAGACUGGACAGCGAAAUGCUGGAAUUUAAAGGAAAGAGGGUAGUUUACUACAGACCGGUAUCGUUCCCACAUCUCCUGGACCUUAAAGAUCGAUUUCCACACGCUAAAAUUAUAGUUGGUAACACUGAAGUCGGAGUCGAAGUGGCAUUCAAGAAACAACACUACCCGGUCUUAAUUAAUCCCACGCGUAUCCCAGAGCUCAAUACAACUGAAGUUCUCAAGUCAGGAGUUAGGGUCGGAGCGGCUGUCACCUUAACUGAAUUGCAGCAAUUGUUAACGAGACUCGUUCAGAGUCAUCAGUCUCAUCUCACGAAGAAUUACACCGCUCUGCUGGAAAUGCUGAAGUGGUUUGCCGGGCAACAAAUACGGAACACUGCAAGCAUAGGAGGAAACAUCAUGACCAGCUCGCCAGUCAGUGACUUGAACCCAGUUUUAGUCGUUGCAGGAGUAACACUAACAUUCACCAGUUUAGGAGGCAAACGUGAGGUCGUUAUGGACGAACACUUUUUCACUGGCUACAGAACAAACGCAGCUCAGUCGAAUGAAGUCUUGGAAAGUGUCUUCAUUCCGCACUCGAAACAGGACGAAUUCAUCAGAACCUACAAACAAUCGAGGAGGAAGGAUGACGAUAUUGCUAUAGUGAACGCCGCUAUGAAGGUCGACAUUCGUCCCGAAUCUUGCGUCCUGUCCAACCUCAAAUUGGCAUUUGGAGGCAUGGCAGCCAAGACUUUAACAGCUCCUAGAACUAUGAAGGAACUGGCAGGAAGCAAAUGGGACGAGACUCUCUUGGAGAAGGGUCUCGAUCUCCUACUGGAGGAUCUGCCUUUGCAAAUCUCGGCUCCCGGUGGUAUGGUGGAAUACAGAAGAACGCUCACCCUCAGCUUUUUCUUCAAGUUUUAUCUGAGCGUUCGAGACUGGUUGAGCACAAGAGCUCCCGGUCUAGUGACACCUCUGAGCACUGCCGAAUUGGCUAUAGCAGCUGCAUCUUCGGACAACCACUCCGGAUACAAAAGCAGCUCACAGCAUUUCAGCCGGGGAAGAAGUGGCAUAAGAGACGCAAACUACCCAGUGGGUCAACCUUUCGUCCAUGCCUCUGCUUUCAAGCAGACCUCUGGAGAGGCUGUGUACGUAGACGACGUACCCCAUAGGGAGGACGAGCUGCAUGCUGCCCUCGUGGUUUCCUCGCGUGCCAACGCCCGCAUCCUCUGCAUUGAUGAGCAGGAGGCCCUUAGGAUGGAGGGCGUCCACGCUUUCUUCUCUGCUAAGGAUUUGCCCGGAGAGAGGAACAAGAUGGGAACUUUGGUGCAUGACGAGGAGGUAUUUGCAAGGAAAGAAGUCCUUUGCGUCGGACAAGUCAUUGGUCUAGUCGUGGCCAAAGACCAGUCAACAGCGCGCCUGGCUGCCUCGAAAGUGACUGUUCUUUACGAAGACAUAGGCACACCAAUCAUAACUAUUGAGGAUGCCAUUAGCAAUAAAUCUUGGUGGGGCCCAUGGACAAUCCGCAAGGGAAACUUGGACGAAGGAUUCAACCGAGCCACGCACAUCCUUCAAGGCGAGAUGCGCAUGGGCGGCCAGGAGCAUUUUUAUUUGGAACCGAACGCCCACAUCGCAGUACCAAGAGGCGAAGACGGUGAGAUGGAGAUUUUCACGAGCUCCCAGGUGCCUACGGGCACUCAGAUGCAGGUGGCGGAGUCCCUGGGCGUUCCGGCAAACAGAAUAGUUGUCAGGGUCAAGAGGUUGGGAGGCGCCUUUGGCGGGAAGGAAUCCCGCCCUUUGUGCGCCUCUGUUCCUGUUGCUGUGGCUGCUUCGAAACUUCAGAGACCCGUCAGGAUAACCCUCGACCGUCAGGAGGACAUGCUGGUCACGGCGGGAAGGCACCCGUUCCUCUGCAGGUGGAAAGUCGGUUUCACCUCCGAAGGGCGCUUCACGGCCCUCGAAGUCGACCUCUACUCCAACGCGGGCUGUUCCUACGACGUCUCGGCUCCUGUCAUGCAUAAGGCCAUGUUCUGCAUCGAUAACGCUUACGUGCACGAAAACAUCCGAGUAACUGGAUUCGUGUGCAAAACUCACCUGCCUUCAAACACAGCUAUGCGAGGUUUCGGUGCUCCUCAGGCAGCGAUGUUUGCUGAAGAAAUUGCAUCCCAAGUGGCUGCCUUCCUACACAUGGAGCCUGCACUGGUACGGGAAAGAAACAUGUACAAGACCGGUGACGUUACACAUAUAAACCACAUUCUGGAACGUUGCACAAUCCAGCGAUGUUGGAGGCAAGUUAUUCAGCAGUCCAAGUACAAUAUGCGAGCAGCGUCCGUCAGAAAAUUUAACAAUGAGAACGCCCACAGAAAAAGAGGCUUGUCCGUGACACCUACCAAGUGCGGAGUGGCCUUCGAUCGAAUCCUGAACCAAGCAGGUGCUCUAGUCCAGAUCUACAUGGAGGGCUCCGUCCUCAUCACCCACGGAGGAGUGGAGAUGGGACAGGGACUCCAUACGAAGAUGAUACAGGUGGCAGCCAAUGUUCUGAAUAUAAGUCCAGAAAGCAUCCACAUCUCGGAGACGGCCACAGAUAAGGUCCCAAACACGUCCCCGACAGCAGCCUCCAUCUCGUCCGAUAUCUAUGGCAUGGCCAUAGUUAACGCCUGCAACGAACUGAACCGGAGACUGAAGCCUUACGUGACCUCAAAUCCGGAGGGUCAAUGGAAGAACUGGGUAUGGGCCGCUUACGCCGAUCGUGUUUCGUUGUCAGCCACCGGAUUUUACAGAAUUGAAGAAGUGACGGACUUUGACUUCGAGAAGCAGAGUGGCCAACCCUUCCAUUACUACACCAACGGUGCCGCCGUUACCGAAGUCGAAGUCGAUUGCCUGACGGGUGAUCAUACGAUUUUGCGCACAGACAUCGUGAUGGAUUUAGGCAACUCCCUGAACCCAGCGUUAGAUGUCGGACAAAUAGAGGGAGCUUUUGUCCAGGGCGCUGGACUGGUCACUCUGGAGGAGCUGAGAUACUCUCCAGGCGGCGCUCUCUUGACGAGAGGUCCAGGCGCCUACAAGAUUCCAGGUUUUCAAGAUAUCCCUCAUGAAUUCCACGUUUCGUUGCUCGAAGAUGCACCGAAUCCUCUGGCAAUUUAUUCGUCAAAGGCGGUGGGAGAACCACCACUUCUGCUGGCAACCUCGGUCUUCCAGGCCAUCAAAUCGGCCAUAGGAGCAGCGAGAGCAGACCAGAAUCUCAGCCCCGUUUUUAGACUGGACUCCCCGGCCACCGCAGAGAGGAUACGGAUGGCUUGUCGAGGACCCCUUAUAGAAAAAGUAAAUAAAAAGAUGGAGUCGGAUGUGGCGUCAACCGGAGAGCCUUGGUCAGUCACAGCGUGAAAGGUGCUCCUGAAAAAUAUUAUUUCCUCUUUGGAUAAAUUUACUUUACACUGCGAUCCUAAGGUUUUAUGCAUUUCUUUGUUCUUUUCUUGUAAAUGGUUUGUUAACUUGAUGAAUGGCUUUCAAAUUUGGCUACUCAUCAAAGAAUUUAGUCGUUGAUGCUUGCAUGUAAGACUAGUGCUUCUCAGCUUAAUAGAAUUACGUUUCGGUAUUUCCAAUGAUUUCAAAAAAUUCCAUUCGUAUUUUUGUAAUAAAAAACAAAACAAAACACUAAUGUAUCUCUUAAACUAUUACAUUAAAUCACA